AUGAUGCUGACCAUCGUCGGAUUCGUGUUCCUCCUCACCCCGGUCUCAUUUGCUGCGAUCUCGGGCUCCGGCAGGAGCACCAUACCACAGAUUUUGCUUCCACCUGAAGACACCUUUCCCGUCAAUGGAAAUCUGGAGUUUUCCUGCAAAGGAACAGGGUUCCCUGACCCCCAGAUCACGUGGUAUGAUGCGAACACGCGAAGACCCCUCAAAGAAUCGACAGCAAAUGUCCACAUGAAGCAAUACCUUGAUCGCUUGACGAUCCUCCAGCCCGAACCCAAGCAGGUGUAUGCUGUCUAUUGCAAUAUUUCAAACGCAGCCGGAUGGACUGCAAGCGACGUGGUUCGCGGUGGUCUGGCAUACCUAGAAUAUGAUUUUCCGCGUUUUCCCAUUGAUACCUCGGCUGUGGAGGGAGACUUGGUUCUGCUGGAGUGCCACCCCCCUCUAGGAAACCCACCUCCAACCACGGAAUGGCUCUUUAAUGGAGUGGAACUUCCACGUGAACUCGGUCAAGUCAGUCCAGAGGGUGAUCUACAUAUUCAGAAGGUGAAACUGCGCAACUCUGGGACUUAUGCAUGCCGCGCACGAAAUCCAUCCGGCGUGAGGACAUCACCGUCUGCAGUUGUCACAGUAAAGCGCAAAGCUCCUCGAUUCAUCCAGAAGCCCAAAGACGUCCAUGCGUCAGUCGGGUCCACGGUGCAAUUCUUCUGCCGAACGGCAGAUUCCGGGCCGGUUACUUGGAGAAAGGAUACCGCGGAGACAGCAGUUGAUCCCUCAAGGGUCCAAAUCUCCUCGAACUCCAUCAUCAUUCACAAUGUUCAGCUGUCAGACGCCGGCCGGUACAUCUGUGUGGCGGAGGACGGUGAAUCCACGGCCGACGCGCGUCUCACCGUCUCCAAUGCACAAAAGCCCACUUUUUCCCGGACCCCUGUCGAUCGAAAUGCAACCGAAGGCGAGACCGUAGUGUUCCACUGUCAAGCCUCGGGUUCACACGAAAUUUCAACUUAUUGGGACCUACCAAUGGGAAAUGUCUUCGUUAACGAACACGGCGACCUCCAAAUCCGAAAUGUCAGUCUCAGUGAUAGCGGUGUCUACCAGUGCAUUGCUAACUCGAACUUUGGUCUGAUUUCCGCACAGGCUGAGCUCCGUGUUCUCCCACGUGCGACCAAAGAUGUGAUUCCUCUGCCCCCAAUAAUCAACCUCCCACCAGCCAAUCAAACGCGUGUUACCGGCGACACAGUUAUUCUCGAUUGUGAAGUGGGCAUAACUCGUGAACCAGAAACGGGCCACGAUCUCACAGUGCGGGGCUUCGAUGGAACACAAUCGCGUGUAUUUUGGGUAAGGGGAACCAGAUCUGCCGGAGGUCUCCAAGAGCGCAUCGACCUUGUGAGUCGAGAUCGCGAUCCGAGGUUCUCAUUGCUCCCCGGUGGUGGACUUCAAAUUGUCGGCGCGAUGGUUGAAGACACGGGCAAUUAUACGUGCUUCGUGCAGACUGGACGUGGCCACUUCAUGCAGUCGAAUUGGACGGCAUACCUCGUUGUUCUGCCCUCCGGCACGCAUCCUUCCUUGAGCACAGAGCCAACUGACCCCCUAUCUCCUCCUGAAGACCUUCGUGUGCAGAACCAGACGGCGAAGUCCCUGACACUGAUCUGGAACCCUCCUGACUCGCACGACUCCAGCCAGGUGUCUUACUGGAUUGAGAUGUUCCACUCGACUGAGCCUGAAUUAGGCUGGCAAGUUCUUCAGGAGUCCUGGCAUCGAAAUGCCAUUCGACUGGAACCACUUGAGCCCAAUUCGGCUUAUUACUUCCUUAUCCGGCCACGGUGGAUCGACGGUCGAAUAGGCUGGGCCAGUGCUCCUCUCGGUCCCAUUGAAAUGCAACAUCGCCCGCAGUCAGCAACUGGACCUGGUCUUGUCAAAGUUCUUGGAACGCGAGUACAAGUGGUUUCACCCACGUCGGUUCGUGUUACGUGGAAUCUUGAGAAUCCAAGAAAGGCAGCUGCCGUGAUAAAUGGUUUUUCUGUUCGCUACAAAGAGGUACCCAUGACAAGAUGUAUUUCUACAAGCCUCCACGAUUCCAACUUUUGUAGUCUUCGUCCUGGAGAGCCAUUGCCGCAAUUACUUCAGAAUUACCAGCAACAGUUGAACGCAGCCUCGUUGAGGGACACUCAGGGCGUUUCUCUUGUUCCCCACGAAGAACCGGAGAUCUUCGUCGACGUUCCAGUUCACCGAAAUCAGGGGUCAGCGUCUCCGUGGACAACAGAGUUGACUAAUCUGAAACCCUUUCGUUGUUACCACCUCCUUGUGCAGCCCUAUUCCACGUACUCCAGACAAAGUGCGGAUGGAGCUGUGGUCUUCCUCACUCAGGAGGAGGCACCGUCGACGCCUCCGCAGAUUGUGGGAGUCAAGCGGAAGACGAACCACAGCGUUGAGGUGUCGUGGACGGCGCCUCCAGCCCACUCCUGGAAUGGCCUUCUCACGGGCUUCAUUGUGUACGCCUUCAAUGCGGCAGAGAACGACAAACGCGAGCUCAAAUUCGGCCAUCACGACACAAAAGGCGUGGUGGGUGGCCUGAAAAGCGGUGAGAUCUACCACAUCCAGAUGGCAGCAGUCAACUGCCGAGGCAGCAGUUCGAAGGGUAUCCCCGUCAACUUCUCUGUCUCGGAUGGUGGGGUUAUUCACGAUUCUGCCCAACCCAGUGACGGGGGUACCUUAAUUCAGUUUCAGCCGUGGGUGGUUGGGUGUAUUGCGGGCGUGUUGAUUAUUUGGCUGGUCGCCGUGUUCAUCGCAGUGCUCUUUUGUGUGCGCCAGAGAAAUCAACCAAAGCAUCGAUAUCCACCGAAUAGCGGAGGAGGGUCCUUCAACGAGAAUGGGGGAAGAAAGUGCAGCACGGCCGGAGCGUCAAAAGAGGCCUACCAACUGGGACCGUUAAUCAAACCCAAUUCCAUGUCUGGAGGAGUCAGCGAGUUGGACUGCCCUCGAGGUAGCGACUCGAUGCUAAAAGCCCCCACAACGUCUACACAGCAUAACACUACGACGACCAUUGCUAGUUCAAACAGCUCCUCAACUGGAGGAAGUUGUAACCCAAACUGUGGCCACAUCCAGCAUCCCUUUGAAGAGGGGGUUCCAGGGCACUCUUCCGACUUUUCGAACUCUCCUUUUUUUGGACACAUGCCUGCCCAACACAUGGAGUACCCCUUCGUUGAUUAUCGACCCGUUGAUGGGCCCAACAACAAUGUUUUUUCAACCUCAGUCAUUGAAAGUAACCCCACCGCAACCGGACUACCGCUGGUCGCGCCAGUAGCCCAACUUGCCCGUCCCUGCGGUAAUGGAUCAGGCGCGGAGCAUGUGAGUUCGAGCGUCACGCCCUACGCGACGGCCUCGCUGAUCAACGCGGAACUGCUGCAGAAGGCUUCGGGAGUGUCACCUGGAAGCCGAACUCCUUCUGAUAUGUCCUCGAACGCUGGGGGGUCGCAUUUGUCCGCUCGGGGGAUGAACAGCCCGCAGCGGUUUCCUUCACGACCCCAGCAGUACCUUUCACGCUCCAGUUCUGGCACAACGACUGGGGCCGAGGAAGACUACCUUGCCCAGCACAACCACCAGCAGCAGCAACAACAACAACAGUCAAGGAGGCUGGUUCAGACCUCAAAUCUUGCCCCCCUCACUCCCCAGAUUCCACCCACUUUCGCCGAGUACGAGUUGUGUUUGCCUGCAGUUCCACAGCACGCUUCAGCUCUCCACAACCAGCACCACCAGUUCCCACUUCAAGCUCCCACCAAUGGCGGUAUUCACACGCCGGCUUUCUGA